AUGGGUGCUCCGAAGAAGCCUCUGAUGCUAACUCUGCUUAUAUUUUUCGAUUUUCUUAUAUGCGAAAUUGUCGCUGAAGGCGUCACCAGGGAGCAAGCCAAGCAGCUCAGAGAUGAGGUGCGUGAGAUGUUUUAUCAUGCUUUUGAUGGAUACAUGGAUCAUGCAUUUCCACACGAUGAGUUGAAGCCUUUAUCAUGUGGAGGAGAAGAUACACUUGGAGGAUAUGCAUUAACAUUGAUUGAUUCAUUGGACACACUGGCUCUGCUUGGCGAUCAAGAGCGCUUUUCUACAUCGGUUGAAUGGAUUGGUAAAAUUCUUCGAUUUGAUAUUAAUAAGACUGUAUCUGUGUUUGAAACAACAAUAAGAAUACUUGGAGGCCUACUCUCUGCUCAUCUCAUUGCCAGCGAUUAUAAGACGGGAAUGAGUGUACCCUCAUAUGAUGGUGAAUUACUUCACUUGGCGGAGGAUUUAGCCCGUAGAAUGCUACCAGCAUUCGAUACUCCUACCGGAAUUCCUUUUGGGUCAGUAAAUCUAAUGCAUGGAGUAGAUGAAAAUGAAAGCAAGAUAACAUCAACAGCUGGAGGUGGAACCCUGACUUUGGAAUUUGGGGUGCUUAGUCGCUUGACAAAUGAUCCUAUUUUUGAACAAGUCACGAAGAAUGCAGUUCGAGGACUCUGGGCUCGUCGUUCAAGGAUUAACCUUGUUGGUGCGCAUGUUGAUGUCUUCUCUGGUGAAUGGACUCAGAAGGAUGCUGGAAUAGGAACGAGUAUAGACUCUUUUUACGAGUACCUACUGAAGGCUUAUUUAUUAUUUGGUGAUGAAGAGUAUCUUUUCAUUUUCCAAGAAGCAUACAAGGCCGCAAUGCUCUACCUUUUUAAGGACCCUUGGUAUGUGGAGGUAAACAUGAAUUCUGCUGCCCUUGUUUGGCCAUUAUUCAAUAGCCUGCAGGCUUUCUGGCCUGGUCUUCAGGUCCUGGCUGGAGAUAUUGAUCCUGCAAUUAGAACUCAUGCUGCUUUCUUUAGUGUCUGGAAACGGUAUAAUUUCACUCCAGAGGGUUUCAAUCUGGCCACUUCCAAAGUUCAGCAAGGUCAGAAAAGCUAUCCAUUACGUCCGGAACUAAUAGAAAGCACAUAUUGGCUGUACAAAGCUACCCGAAAUCCCAGGUAUCUUGAUGUUGGAAGGGAAAUGCUUGCCAGCUUGCAGUUGACCCGAUGCACAUGUGGAUAUUGUCAUAUAUCGGAUGUUGAAUUUCACCAGCAUGAAGAUCACAUGGAAAGCUUUUUCUUAGCUGAGACCGUCAAAUACCUUUGGUUGCUAUUUGAUUUAGCAGCUGGUCCAGAUAACCUAGUUGAGAAUGGCCCAUACAAAUAUAUCUUCAGUACUGAAGGUCACUUACUUCCCUUAACUCCACCAAUAUCUUUGACAAGUGAAAACUGUCCAUAUCUUGGAGCAUACUGGAAAAGUUGCUACCCUGGACAAGAAACCUGCACUUCAGACAUUAUGAACGACUAUGGUGGCAAAAAUUACUCAGAAUCUUUUACCGAUAUCAAGAGUUAUCUAUCCCCCACAGGUUUCCAAAAGCCGCCUGCCUCGGAAUUAAUUAAGGGGUUCUCAACUCAGGGACAAAUGUAUGGUCUAUCAUAUGUCAUCUUGGAUCAUAAUCCUGUACACGAGUUACCAAGCGGUCCUAUACAGGAUGACAAUGUGGUUGACAGAUCACCGGAUUUAUUAGUUUCGAACCACAGCUCUGAAAAUUCGGCGCAGACUGAUGACGAUCAUGAUCUAGGAGAUAAUCCCAGAGCACCCUUCCUCGAAAUUAGAACCCCAGAAAUUUUUGUUAGUGUUAAUUAUACAGACGAGAAGGCUGAGGCAAUGGAUAACUAA